AUGGCCCGUAAGAGAAUGUCUAAACCACCAGGGGUCAGGAGGCGUGGUCGUGCUAUAAAGAAAAAGCCCACUGUCAAGAAAACUUCACUCACACGCAGGAAGCCCAUCUCGGAUUCGUCACCUUUGGAGUUUUUUAUAGCAGGCUCCGGUGAGGAAUACAUCGAUCUAAAUAACACAUUGUUGCAUCUGAGACUUAAAAUCACAAAGCCUAAUGGUGGUGAAAUAGCAGAUCCUGCAAAAGUCGGUUUAAUCAAUUACCCCGCCGCCACCAUUUUCUCACAAGUCGACGUGAGUCUUGGAGAUCGACUAAUCUCUCAAAGCUCAAGCACCCACCCGUACCGAUGUAUCAUCGAGAGUCUCAUCAACUACGACAAAGACACGUUGGAAUCAACAUUCAGCGCCGGUCUCUUCUUCAAAGACACGGCUGGUCAUAUGGAUGUCAAAGACCCCUUAGGCAAUAAUCAGGGUCUACUGAAAAGGUCAACAUACACAAGCAGGAGUAAGAUUGUUGAUCUGAUGGGGCCUAUUCACAGCGAUAUUUUCUUUCAAGAAAAAUUAAUGCUCAAUGGCGUCGAUAUAAAAAUUCGUAUGAUCAGAGGUAAAGACGAGUUCUGUCUGAUGAGGAGUGAUGACGUAGCAUAUAAAUUAAAAAUUGUGUCUGCAUCGCUAUUUGUCAAGAAAGUAUCAGUCGCACCGAACGUUCGACUGGCCCAUGCUCAGGCUUUGCUAUCCACCAACGCAAAGUACCCGAUUGACAGGGUAUGUCUGAAAAAUUUCUCCAUACCAGAAGGAGCACGAGUUUCAAAUCAGGAAAAUCUAUUUUUGGGGACUUUACCGAAAUCAAUUGUCUUGGGGAUGACCGAUAACGAUGCAUUUACCGGUUCUUAUGAUAAAAACCCAUUUGCGUUCAAACAUUACGAUUUGGAGUUCCUAGCCAUCUACGUCGACGGACAACAAAUUCCUGCUAAACCUCUACAGCCAAAUUUUACAGACGGCUCAGUGGUACGAGAAUUUUAUCAACUCGUAACAGCUACCGGCAGACAUCUUAAAAAUCAUGCACUGUCUAUCAGCAGAUCUGAAUUUGCCAGGGGUUAUUCUCUUUAUGCAUUCAACCUUACACCGGACGAAGACUGCGGUCAACACGUUUCUCUCAUAAAGUCUGGAAAUAUCAGACUCGAAGCCCGUUUCAGACAGCCAUUGCCAAAUACCAUAAACCUCAUCAUCUACUCAGUGUUUGACAGUAUCAUUGAGGUGUCUAACCGAAGACAGAUUCUGGUUGAUUACUAUUAA